AAAUAAAAAAAAAAAAAUCACAGGCUGGGCAUGGUGGCUCAUGCCUGUAAUCCCAGCACUUUGGGAGGCUGAGGCAGGAGAAUCGCUUGAACCCAGGAGGUGGAGGUUAUGGUGAGCCGAGAUCGCGCUAUUGCACUCCACCCUGGGCAACAAGAGCGACAUUCCAUCUAAAAAAAAAAAAAGCCAUUAGGAUCACAUUUAAAAUCUUAUUAUGUGGUGGUUUUCUCUCCUCCUUUCCCCUCCCCUCUGUUCUCUUCUAUUCUCUUUUUUUUUUGAGACUUAGUCUUGCUUUGUCGCCCAGGCUGGAGUGCAGUGGUGUGAUCUUGGCUCACCGCAAUCUCCGCCUCCCGGGUUCAGGUGAUUCUCCUGCCUCAGCUCCUGAGUAGCUGGAACUACAUGUGCGUGCUGCCACACCCGGCUAUUUUUUUUUUUUUUUUUUUUUUGUAUUUUUAGUAGGGAUGGGGUUUCAACAUGUUAGCCAGGAUGGUCUCGAUCUCCUGACCUCAUGACUCCCCUGCCUCGGCCUCCCAAAGUGUUAGGAUUACAGAUGUGAACCACCGCGCCUGACCUGGUUUUCUUUUACAUAAGCCUCUUCCUUUGUUGAAACCAAAAGAUCUUCCUCACAGUGGAGAAUCCUGAAAGCUCCCAGCAGCCAGCAAUGAAUGAAAGGUGGGGGCAGGGCUGCCAACAGGGCGGGGCCUGGUGAGCCACGUGCCUAGGCUCCCACAUCACAAUGGGGGUGGGGCAUGUGGAAGGGACUCUGGGCCUGAUUGGUUCCUGGGAAGGAGGAGGGAGCUCUGCCGGUUGUCAGGGCAACCUCUUUCAGUUGGUGGGAAGCUGUGGAAGGAGGAGGAGCUCCCUCUGUGCUCUCUUCCCCGCAAUUACAGCUUGUUGCAUCUAGACCCAUUCUAAAUAAACCAAGCAGGUUCCCAAGUGACCCUUUCAGACAAGUCAGCUGAGAGGAGGCAUCUGAGGCGAGGUGCAGGCUGCUAGUGGGGUGCAGCCCCCUUGCCAGGGGCUGGCCCUGCCAGCGUACCUUUGCUGGGAAGAGGUCGAGGAAGUGCUGAGCUCUGCAGACUUGGAAGCAAGGGAGGGCCAAAGCUGCUGGAGAGGAGCCGAGCUACCACAUGGGGAACACACUGAGCGGUUGCUUGUGCACCAACGCCAGCCCCAAGCGGGGCCAGCACAGGAGGUCUGGGGAGCUGUCCUGCAGCACCGACAUCUAUGAGGCAGCGUCAAGCAAAGGUGCAGGCCAAGGCAGAGAGGAGUGGAGCCGCCACAGAGGGAACAUGCUGCUCCCUAAUGCCAGACCCAAGCAAAGACAGAGCAGGGUGCGGCGGGCGGAACCACUCUGCAGCUAUAACAUCACGGAGGUGGAGGUGGCAGUAGCACCACACCCCACUGCUGUGGAGCCUGCCCCGACGGAUUUCGGAGCCCAAGAGGGCCAUGACCUGCAGCACAUCAGCGACCAGGAGAUGCCCAAAUAUUUUGCCUCUGACCAUCCAAGGGAAAGCACACUCUUCCUGAGAAAAUAUCAAAUGAGUAUUUCUUCCAGAACCAUGGGCUCCUCACACAUAGAGUGCAUGGAAGUGGAAGAAAACCUACCCCAUGUCCUCGUCUCUUCAGCAGUGAGAAAUGUGUUGCAAGAAGAGAGGAGGAGCUCUCACCUAUAUUAUAUACCUCCAUGGCUUCUUGCUAGAAACUACAGCUCACGUUCGACCAUAUUGCUAGAUAACAGCACAGUCAGCCAGCCUGAUCUUAGAUACACACUAGAAAAUGUGACUUUGGCAAUAUAUUACAGCAUAAAGCACAGAUCUGCAAAUAGAUCUCUGGCUAUUUUGGAAGAGCCAAUACAUCCACUUUCAGAAGAGAAGACUCCAGGGAAAUCCUUCGAGCAUGAUCCCAAAUGCAACUGUAUUUUCAGAUAUUUGCGUACUCUUUUUCAAGUCAUGAAACUAACAGCUCCAUGUGCAAUCGUAGCUUUGGUGUACAUUGAACGACUUCUAACUAAUGCUAACAUCGAUCUAUGUCCUACUAAUUGGAAAAAGAUUGUCCUUGGAGCUGUGCUUCUUGCCUCCAAGGUUUGGAGAAAUGGUGGUCUGUGGAGUGUGGAUGACAGCCAGAAUCCCAAGGACAUUGCAGUUGAGAACAUGGGCAAGAUGGAUAAGUGUUUCUUAGAGCUACUUGAAUUUAAUAUUCAUGUAUCUGCCAGUGUCUAUGCAAAAUAUUACUUCGAUCUGCGUGCCUUGGCAUAUGGCCAUGACCUGUAUUUUCUAUUUGGUUCUCUUCACAAAGAUAAAGCACAGAAACUGGAGGCUGUCACGGCCUGUGAAUACAAAGACUUGCAUCGAGAUGCCGCUGCAAUGAAAAGGGCUGUCAGCAUGAACUUCAUUGGUAUUCGGUGCUCUAAUGCCAUCUUAAAGAGAGAAAUUAGCCUUAAAAGACCCUGAGCUUCUCAACUGUAAAGAGUAGAAAAUAUCACUUCUGCUGAAAGAAACAACAAAAUUAGGAUUUUCUUUUUUUUUCUUUGUUUUGUUAUUUGUUUUGUAAAUUGUUGUUUGUUGUUGUUGUUAGUGUUUAGGAUUUUCAUCGAGAGGAAACAUCUUCAAGUUAGCCACAUUGUGGAACUGGGUGAUGGUGGUAUGAACAGUGGGUGCCAGGUGCUUCCUGCCCUUCCUCUUCCACUGGGUCCAGAUGGCAUUCCUAGGGCACCACCUUGAACAACUCUUGGGGAGAAGCAGUGUCACAUGGACACAGCACAUCCCAGCUCAGAGUCCACAGUCACCCACAGUCUCAAGCAGGUGCCAGUCGUGUCCACAGUCACCCACAGUCCCUAGCAGGUGACAGUAGUCUGAACUGAGCUAGAGCUCAAAAAACUUUAGAAUUGGCUCCAGAUUUGUGAGAGCACCUGGGUUUGGUUCUCUGUCCACUGAGGCACUGAAUGCAUGAUGGCCCAAAACUCAACAAUGGCUGAGAGAGAGUGGCAUCGGGGCGAGGCUGUCAUUACUCCAAGCACCAGGGUGGCUCAGGCCUGCUUAUCUAGUCUUUGGAGGGAAUCUGUGCAUGUGAAAUGAGGCCCCUGCGUCAUGAUUAUAAAGGAAGAGAUGAAAUCAGUUCAUCUUCCCCCAGGCCGAUAAUGGUCACACCACCUAGGGAAGCAGUAAAAGACCUGGCCUUGGGAUUGUUAGGGGAGCUACCGAAGUGAAAACUGAAUUUACCCAGUUCCAGGAAAACAACAAGAGAGGAACAUCUGGGUUCAAAUCUUUAUCAGAAGAUCAUUUUCCCAGCUAAUCUUGCCCUGGUGCAUUAUAUGGUCUCAGCACUUGCCAACAAAACAAAAGCCUCUCAAUAAUUCUAACACAGGGUCACACCACAACUCACAUUUUCCAGUGCACCUCAGUGGUUCAAGAGAUUGCUGGUGCUGCCUGCACCUGUCAGUCUGUUCACAUAUGGAGAGGAGCAGCGGUUCUCACAGGAGCCACUUCUGCAUCCUGAGGAAGUUUGCCCACACAGUUCUGGUUGUAAUAACUGGUGGCGCCCACUGACAUGCAGUCAACAAUGGGACUCCUAUGGUGCACAGGACUGCCCCCCUUCUCAAUCAAGAAAGAGUUUUCUGGCAUCCAAAAUAGAAGGCGCUGAGGAUCAACUGCCCCAGAGUCUACAAGGGAAACACUUUCUGAGACUUUCUUUUUUCUUACAAGACCAGAUCCCCACCAAUGUGAGACAUUAGAUCAAGUUUUUGUGCAAGGGUGGAUGUGGGGGGCAGAAUCCUAAGAUGCUGUUAUCUCUGCUGUCUUUUGUUACACCCUGAAUCUUUCCUUGGGUAUGGCCAGGCCUGUGCCUCGUUCUAGACAUUUGAAUAUGGCAAAGUGAGGGAGUGGCCUUCUAGGAGUUACCUUUCCUUUUAUCAGGAACAAUAGGAAUCCCUAUUUCUUGCUUUUAUUUUCACAGUGCAGUGGUUUGGAAUAUCCCACUGUUGAUUUGUGAUUUCCUACUCCAACCAUAAUCUAUGGCCCUUUAUAUGUAACUGAAUAUUUUCAUGUAUUGAUAUUUUGUGUCUGAAGAUAAAAUAUUAGACUAAACAUGUUAAAACAUUUCAUGCAAAACUUCAGUGAUUGUAGAGUCUACUCUUUGGUGAAUACACAAAUUUAUCUAUUUUAUAUAUUAAAAGUUGUAUUAGUUGUGAUAAUGAUAUUUUCUUUAUCUUCACUUGUUAUAGUUAAAUUUUUCCAAAAUUAAUGAUAUUGUAUCUUAUAUUUGAUUUAAAAUACUACUAGGAUAUUUAGAUUGAUAGUUGAAAAUAAACGGCAAAAGAAGAAUUGCUGAAACCUAGUGAUAAUGUACUUAGGAUGGGUUUAUUAUCUGUUAUCCCUAUCAUUGUUAAAUGUUUAAAUUUCCAUGAAAACCUCUACAUAAGAACUUAAAAUUUUGUGUAAAAUCCUUCGUGCCCUGCACUUUAGCUCCACUGAAUAAUUAAUAAAAGGAAAAUGGAUUCUCCUGUGGAAA